UUGUUGCUGUCGCUGCUGUCUGCAGUGUGCUCAGCCGUGCCCGCGGGAGCGCGCAGCGUGCCCGUGCAUCUCUCCGGGAGCGCGUGCCGCGGCAUGGGUCGCGCGCUUCUCCGGAACGUGUCGGAUGCGCUCGAGAUCGUAAGUAAUAUUCGGGCUGGGAAAAGGGGUGUAAAUAAAAGUGCAUGGUAUUAAAUGCAGGCGUAUUUGCGGUUUCCGGUACAGGAUCAGCUGUUCAGAGGGUUAAACUGCACGGAGCAAAGCCCUGAGCUGAGAACCAGCACGAGCACGCUGUCCGCGUGCACGCCGCAGAACUCGAUAUGCUUCAAAGUCACCGACUUCACUUUCGAUCAGGAUGAAUGUCUGCAGAGUGUUCUGGAAGAUCUUCGAUAUUACUGGGCGAUGUUUAAAUCGUACCGUGAUCCAGAUCGAAUCCUGGAACAUUCAGUUCUCAGAAGCAUAGAGAACCUCAUGCAGAGCUGCUUUUCUGCCACAUUGCUGGACGGUGGUCAGGUUCAGAUCUCCGUGAACAACGAAAACUCCUUCGAGAGACGCCUGAAGCUCUGUAAAGUCCUAAAAGGCUUUCAGAUCCGCACCAUCACCAUCAACCGAGUGCUGAACCACAUCGUCAGCUCUUCACAGACAUGAUCACGAUUAAGCUAUUUAUAGAAUUUACCAAGUUAUUUAUUUCACACCAGCACCAAAUAAUGUUUUGUCUUACUGACAAAUCCAAGUAAACCUAACUGUUCAUGGUUUUAUUUAAAAUUGUAAUGUUAUUUAAACAUAUUUAUUUAGUCUAUUUAUUAGUGAAUUUUAUUUUGUGGUGUUCACAA